AUGUAUUUCUUCCUGUCCAAUCUGUGGUUCCUGGAAAUCUGCUACACCUCUGUUGUGGUGCCUUUGAUGCUUUCUAACAUUUUUGGGACCCAGAAGCCAAUUCUGUUGGCUGGCUGGGGGGCUCAAAUGUUCUUUUUUGUCACCCUUGGCAGCACAGACUGUUUUCUCUUGGCAGUCAUGACUUAUGAACUCUACAUGGCCAUCUGCUACCCACUGCACUACACCCUUGUCAUGACCCAGAAGCUGUGCAUCCAGAUGGUGGCCAGUGCCCUGGGCCUGGCCCUCUUCCUCUCUGUGCAGCUCACAUCCUUAAUCUUCACCCUGCCCUUCUAUGGGCACCACCAGGAAAUCAACCAUUUCCUCUGUGUUGUGCCUCCGGUCCUGUGGCUGGCCUACACCGACAUCCACGUGCUCCAGGCCAUCCUCUAUGUCGUGGGCAUCCUGGUGCUGACUGUCUCUUUCCUGCUUACCUGUGUCUCCUAUGUGUUCAUCAUCUGUGCCAUCCUGCACAUCCGCUCUGCUGAGGGUCACUGGCAGGCCUUCUCUACCAGCUCCUCCCAUCUCACUGUGGUCUUGCUGCAGUAUGGGUGA